AAACUCACUCUAAUAUCAAAAUCCAUGCAUUGCUAUUGUUCUCACCCACAUCUCACAAAGUGACACCAACAAAACUAAAGUGAACCACAGAAUCAUAACUUUAGUUCAUCUUCAAGCCUUCUCACUUUACUAGAGCUCCUUAUAUUGCAAUGCAUGUGCCAAUUCCUCUGCACUCUCUUCCAAUACCAAUUCUUCUACAAUGGAUUCAAUUCAUAGACUCACCAUUUCAAUUCUUUGUUUUUCAAUGCUAGCUUCCACUCUUUUUCCUAUGUGUGAUGCGUGGUAUCAUGGAAGAGGUAUAAGGGGUCACAGAAUCCAUAAAAACACCCUCAUUAAAUCCUCCAAGAAGCUGAAAGUAAAAUCUCUAAAACGUUUGAACAAGUAUUCACCAUUUGAUUCAUUUGGGUUCUCAGAUUUUAAUUCAUAUGGGUUUCCUUCUUCCCUACCCUUGCCACCUUACAAUUCACUCGCACCAUCAACUUCCAUUGCUCCUUCAUUGGCACCUCCAAGCAUAGGUGGCGUUGGCAACCCUAAUCUCCCAGCAUUUUCACCUCUUCCAAGUCAACCUUCUCAUGGGCCCCCAAGCCCAAGAAGCAUUGUUGCUUCACCACCACGUCCCUAUAUAUCUUCAAGCCCACCAAAGCAUUCUCCAAGCCUACCAGGUCCACCAAAGAGUGUUCCAAGUCUAAGCCCGCCACCAUUGGUAUACCUGCCACCUGUGGUAUUCCCACCACCACCUUCGCCCUCCGCGCACCGCAGAAAGCCCCCACAGUACGCCCUUUGGUGUGUGGCAAAGCCCACAGUUCCAGACCCGAUCAUUCAGGAGGCCAUGGACUAUGCCUGUGGGUCUGGAGCAGAUUGCAAAUCAAUUCAGCUCAAUGGGCUCUGCUUCCAGCCCAACACUCUACUGUCUCAUGCUUCCUUUGCCUUCAAUAGUUACUGGCAGAACACUAAGAUUGGUGGAGGAACUUGUGACUUUGGUGGAACUGCCAUGCUCGUCACUGUUGAUCCAAGCUAUGACAAAUGCAACUUCAUAUUGGCUUAGGUGACACAUGUUUGGAGGCAUUUCCAAUUUCCCUCAUCCCAACUUGGAUUUUUGAUGUAAUAAUAGUUAAUUCCGUGGCCCCAUGCUUUAUUGGAACUACCCUAUCAUGUCUUUCUACCCUUUCUUCUGCUAUUAUUAAUCUUAUAGCUAUCAUUUUUUUUUCUAAUAUAUUCA